AUCUUCUUACACUUGAUGUUUAUCCCAUCAUUGAUCCUGCUUCAUUCCCAGUAGUCAGCCCCUCACAGGCACCCAGAGGUCAAGGUUCUUGGGUCCACAGUAUUUCCAGACUCCACGCAACCCUUCAGGUCCUGGUCUGGGCAACCAGUUGAUGCGGUGUCUGAGAAACUCUGAGAGGUCCUCAAAGAACAGGUUAAAAAGUCCAACUCUUUACCCUUACAUCAGACUCAGCCUUGUAGAAGAGGACGAGGAAGAAGAGUUAGAAAUUCAGGAUGAGUCAAGUGAAGAACGGCAGGAUACAGACGUGCAAGCAAGUAGCUACUCUUCCCCCAGUGAGCGUGGGCUGGACCUCUUAGAUUCUACAGAGCUGGAUAUUGAGCUCCACUCCCUACCUCAAGGAUGUGACCACUUGGAAAAGGCAAAGAGAAAAGGAGCAAAAUGAAGCAGGGCUUCAGCCCUGGGCUCUGAGGGGAAGGAGUUGGGCAUUGUUUUUCCAACCUAACCUUUCCCUCUGGUGAUGUUGGGGUAGAGAAGCCAAGAGACCCUGUCCUCCCUAAUGCACUGUGGCCCAGUCCCCCUGCCUUUUUCCUGUUCUGUUUGGAGUGGAGAGGGGCAGCGCCUGUCUGUGUUUAAUGGAAAGAGCCCAUAGUCUCCUGGAUUUUUGGAACAUCUUUCUCAGCCUAUUUUGUGUCCUAAUGAUUGGCUCAAUAAACAUAUUUGAAUCCACGUU